AUGGCAUCCGCACCUGACGCUGCUGCCAACGCCCCUGUUCUCGACAAGGAGAGCACCAACAUCGACCACGCCGGUGCUGCCACCAAUGGCGGCAAUGCCUACCCUCUUAUGUCGCGCGAGGAGCACGAAGUAGCUCGUGCCGCUGCCCGCUUUGGAUACGGUCCUCUUGCCCAAGUCAACACCCACGAGGCUCGUCUCCCCGCCUUUGGUGGUGAAUUCCAGCCUGGUUUGUACCGUCCUGUGUCCGACCGCAAGAUUGCCAAUCCUGCUCCUCUUGGUUUGAGCGCUUUCGCCUUGACUACCUUUGUCCUUGGAUGUAUCAACAUGGGUACCCGUGACAUCACUGCGCCCAAUGUCGUCGUUGGUCUUGCUUUUGGUUACGGUGGUCUUGUUCAGUUGCUUGCGGGCAUGUGGGAAAUGGCUGUUGGUAACACUUUCGGUGCCACUGCUCUGUCUUCUUAUGGUGGUUUCUGGAUUGCUUUUGCCAUCGUCUUGACUCCUGGUGGAUUUGCCAUUGAGGAAGCGCUUUUAACUGCCGACAAUGGCAGCCCUUCCAUGUUCUACGACUCGUUCGGUCUCUUCUUGAUGGGCUGGUUCAUCUUCACCUUCAUCUUGCUGAUCUGUACCCUCCGCUCCACCGUGGCUUUCUUCUCCCUCUUCUUCACUCUGGACAUGGCCUUCCUCCUGCUCGGUAUUGGUUACCUUGUUCGCACUGAUGGCGCGCCCACCCCCAGCAUCAUCAAGGCCGGCGGCUUCUUUGCCCUUCUCGCUGCUUUCUUGGCCUGGUACAAUGCCCUUGCCGGUAUCGCCGAUUCCAGCAACAGCUUCUUCAUCAUCCCCGUUGCUCACUUCCCCUGGUCUGAGAAGGGACGCGAGCGUCGCGCUAAGGCUGCUCGUGACACUGUCUAA